UAUCCCAAACUUGCCUCCCUUUUCCGCACUCUCCCAAAUUACAGCAGUCAAAUGAAGCCUGGACUCUUUGCCUUGCAUUGCGUUGGUAUUUUCCAAAGCUAAGAGGAACGGAAAGAUUCCUCCUGUGGGCUUGCAUCAUGGAGGCUAGCAGUCAGUCCAUCAGUCAGCAAGUUGUGUGGAAAGAUGUGGAGGAGGAAAAACAGAAGAAAACCAGGUCUCACAACUACCACUGGGUGGCUCUGGUCCUGGCUGUGGUGUUUCUGGUUCUAGCCAUCUGCGUUUUCAGUCUGAGAUAUCUGUGGGCUCCUAGCCUGGGGAAGGUCUAUGACCAUGAGUACAAAGCUGUGGUGGACGGCGUAGAGACGAACAGCGUAAUGGAGAUUGACCCAGAUGACCUCACUGAGAUCUUCAGAGUGGGAAAUGGCAGUAAGGAGGUUGUGGAGGUGCAUGACUUUAAGAAUGGGAUCACUGGGAUACGGUUUGCCGAACAUCAGAGAUGCUACAUCAGGACCCAAACGAAGAAACUACCCACGACGGCCGAGGCGAAGGCUGAGGACAGAGAAAGGAUGGUUGACGAGUUCGAGGCCAUGGAUAUGAAGGUGGAGGACUCCCAAGUGUGGGUUCCUGCCGAGGAGCCCAUCGUUAACCCGGACUUCCUGCUUGACUCCAAGAUCUGGGAGAUUUGCCAGCAGCUGCCUAUCCACUGGAUCCAUCCCUCCCCCAUGACUGAUGAUGAGGCCCAGGAUGUGGAUACGCCUGAUGCAGAGGUCACAGGUCAGCGUUUCACCCGGGACGUCCUGGACCACGUUCCUGUGAAUGAUUACAGGGAAGUCGGAAUCGAGCUGGAUAGCCGUCUAGAUGACCGCGGCUUCUGCUGCCAGCACUGCCGGCGCGGCUAUCACUACUGCCGCCGCUACUUCGAGCCCCUAGGCGGCUUCAACCCAUGGCCGUAUUACUACCAAGGAGGCCGGGUCAUCUGUCAGGUUGUGAUGCCAUGCAACUGGUGGAUCGCUCGCAUGUUGGGGAGAAUCUAAUGUGGGUUUGGGAGCUGAUUGGGAAUUAAAUUGUUUCAGUAGGUGAUACUCUUUAAAAAGAGUAUUUAUUAUCCAUUGAUUACAUUCUCAAAGGCAUCGUUAACUGUCUCAUGUUAUAUACUGGCAAAUAAAAACAAAGUAUGUCUUUUCUUUUUCUUUUUUGAAAUACUCUCAAUUUGACUUUGUCAUGUUCUAGUAAAUCUGUUUGCACAUGUACAGUGCAUUACAGGCACGUGCAAACUUCUCUGAUUGGUGCUAUUAUUCUAAACAUUUAACCAAACCUUUCUAUCUACUACCACAAGAAUGCAAACCGUAGUUAGCAAAAACUUUCAAGUUGUAAAGCACCUUUUUAUGUAUUUUGUAAAUGGACAGUUUUGAUUAUUUGAAGUUAUACUCCGUAAUAGUUUCCUUACAUUUAGUGAACAGGUGUUGUCUCACAGUAGGUUUAAUGACAACUAAGGAAAUCCUUAGAGAGAUGGAUGCCAAACACAGAUAAAUUACUGUAAGUUAUUUUGCGGCUACUGAUUUUGUUCCAGUCGCUGGAUUUCCUAAACUUUUAUCUCGAAAAUUGCUUCUUAUUUGGGAUUGACAGUUUCGAGAAUGCAGAUUGACAACACUCAGAAUUAGGUUGUAACCAUUUGUUUUACGUCUUUUAUCAAAUGAAAGUGAGCAGAAUACUUUUUAUAUGCUUUAAGUUAAUAUUUUUGUAUUUUACAUGCUUUUUUUAACCUGACCAAAAAACUAUGGUGUCCAUGUCGAAAGUGCUGCAAAUACUAUGGGUGGGGUUGCAUGCUACUCUUGAAGCUUCUUAACACAAUUUUUAAACUUGAUUCUAACUGUUAAGAUUUAACAAAUUGUAAUUUUUUUAUCUUUAUUUCAGAAUUUUAUUAAAAGGUAUCCUUCCCAUGA